AUGGCUUGUCUUAUCUGGCAAUCAUUGAUAACCACUUUUGGAUUAAUUUUGGCAGCUACUGGGGCAAUUUUAGGAUUUUAUGUCUUUCCUAACAUUGUCACUAAGAAAAUUGCAGAUAGCUUUCAAUUAACCAAUGGAUCAGAUGCCUUCGAAAGAUGGAUGAAUACUCCUACUCCAGUGUAUAUGAAAAUAUACUUCUUUAAUAUUUCUAAUCCUCAAGACGUAAAAAAUGGAGGUGCACCAAUAGUCAAAGAAAUAGGACCUUAUGUCUACGACCUGAUAAAAAGCAAAGUGGACAUUGCUGAAGAAAAUGAUAAUCUAACUUAUUAUCAACGACAGUUAUUUCAUUUUAACCAGGAUUCUUCGGGAUGUCAUAAGGAGGAUGACGUUAUCGUAGUAGCUAACUUACCACUUAUGAAAAACAAGACCGAAGAAAAAUCCUAUAAAAUUAACAGUGGAGUAAAAAAUAUUAAACUGUUAGGUGAGAUUAUUGAGUGGAAUAAUUCGACAAAGAUUAGCGCGUGGAACGAUAAUGGGACGUGUAAUAACGUUUAUGGAUCUGAUUCGAUGCUUUUCCCUCCUUAUGUUACUGAGAAUACGAAUAUUACUGUAUUUCAAUCUGACAUUUGCCGAACUGUAUAUCUGGAUUUUGAAAAUAGAUCAAAAUAUAAAGGUCUUUCAAGUAUUAAAUUUGUUGAAAGUAAUAUGUUGACGUCAGGAGCAACGUUCUCAAAUAAUAAAUGUUUUUGCGUCAACGAAACUAAAGGAAUAUUGGGAGAAGAUGGUUGCUUAUUAGACGGCGCCAUGGAGUUGCAAACAUGUCUAAAUACGCCGGUGGUUUUGACGUUUCCUCACUUUUUUAAAGCUCAUACGAAAUAUCAAAAUGGUGUACUUGGAGUAAAUCCUAAUAAAACUCUUCAUGAAACUUUUGUGGAACUGGAACCGAAAACUGGUGUUGUCUUGCGAGGAGCUAAGCGGGUACAGUUCAAUAUAUUUUACCGAAAAAUUAAGCACGCAAAAUUAACGGACAAACUAAAUGAAACACUAAUGCCAGUACUUUGGAUCGACGAGGGAAUUGAAUUGGAAGAUAAAUACGUAGAUCGAUUAAAUGAACAACUUUUUUCAAUAUUGAUGAUGCUUGACAAGAUAGAAUGGGCUUUGAUUGGAGUUGGUUUGCUUGUCAGCAUUAUAGGUUUCAUGACAUUUUUUAUUGUUGUCAAAAUUAACCUUCGUAAGAGUGGAGGAUAG